CUCGGCGGGGAGGAGCACGAGGCGAGCCGACUGCCACCUGUCCCUCGCAGCUCCCGCCGCCGCCCCUGCCGGUCGCUGGCCAGCCGGCCCCGAAGCAUGCAGUGAGAGCCCGUCCGGCCCGAGCCGAGCCCGCCGCCCGCCGCCCGCCGCCCGCCGCCCGCCGCCCGCCGGCUGCGUCUGACCUCCCGUCUCCUCGCAGGUGUCCUGCACUCCGAGCUCAAGAUGCAGAGGUGCGGUCGGAGCCUCCUCUUGGCCUCCCUCAUCCUGUGUGUCACCUUGUCGGAGACCCUGGGCCUCGUGCUCUCCGCCAAGGAAAAGCGAGGCUGGACUUUGAACAGUGCUGGUUAUCUCCUUGGGCCACAUGCCGUAGACAACCACCGAUCAUUCAAUGACAAGCACGGCCUCGCUGGCAAACGGGAGCUCCAGGCUGAGGAUGGCAUGAAGCCAGGAAACUCGGAAUCGUCCAUGGCUGAUGAAAACAUUGUGCGUACAGUACUCGAGUUUCUGACAUACUUGCAUCUCAGAGAUGCUGGGGCCCUGGAUAAAAUCUCAGUCUCUUCAGAAGAAACAAAUGAAUCCUGAGAGAAUGUGUUUGAUUUUUGUCUGUGAUUGUGUGUUUUAAGAUUAAACUUUACAGAGGGUUUGGACAGAAUGGAGUUCGAAGUACAGUGGUUUGCAGUAAUCUACAAACUUAACAUGUUGUAAACUCUUCCUGUCUCUUCUGCCCUUACUGAUGUGAUGUUAGAAUCCAACCUUUUGUUUCAUAAAUAUUUUACUUUGUGUGAUCAAAUAAAAAAUAGC